GGACAAGCAGAGGUUUGGAGCGAAAGGCAUCUUGGGAAACGGAGUCCGUUGCGCGUUUUCUAAAUUCGAUCAACUCGCAUUCUGUUUCCCGCUGUCCUUUAGGAGAGCCUAGCACGAUGUUAGAACUUCCCAGUUGUCGUUUAAACGAAGGCACCCUAGUUUUGUAAUUUGCCGCAUUCUUUCCCCCUUUGUUUCGGUUUUAUGUACUGGCGGCCACCACGUUCCCUCCCCCUUACGUCCAAUAAAGACCAAGACGGAGUUGAGAAGCAAACAGCAACGCGAGUGGCACCGAACCCAGGGUGGCUGACCAAGCGUGCGAAGCUUCCUUUCGAAAAGGUGUGGGAGGAGAAAGGAGCCAUCAUGUCGAAGGGUGAGUCGGAGGAGCUGAUUGAGAUUGAAAUUGAUGGCCAAGAGAAGCAGGACUGUCUAGAGGAAGGAAUUGUGGAGCAGACCAUUACUGCAGCCGAGUUCGUCACCCAGGCCAUCGACAUCAAUGAGCCAAUUGGCAACUUGAAAAAGCUGCUGGAGCCUCGCCUUCAGUGCUCAUUGGAAGGUCAUGAGAUCUGUUUACAGGACAUUCAGCUGGAUCCCGACCACAGCCUUUUUGACCAGGGUGUGAAGACUGAUGGGACGGUUCAGCUGAGUGUGCAGGUUAUCUCCAGACAAGGUGUAGAGCCCAAGCUGAACAUUCUGGAGAUUGUGAAACCAGUCGAGACAGUGGAAGUAGUGAUCGACCCCGAUGCUCAUUCAGGGGUGGCGGAGGAAGCGCAUCUUGUAGAGGAAGGGCAAGUCAUAACUCUGGAUGGCACAAAGCAUUUGGCAGGGAGCAUUAUUGCAGAUGAGACAUCGGAACAAGUGACACGCUGGGCUGCUGCUCUGGAGGGUUACCGCAAGGAGCAGGUCCGCUUGGGAAUUCCCUAUGAUCCAGUGCAAUGGACAGCAGAUCAGGUGAUUCACUGGGCAGUGUGGGUGAUAAAAGAGUUCAACAUGGUGGAGGUGGAUGUCGGUCGGAUUCACAUCCCAGGUAGAGAACUGUGCAGCUUCACCCAGGAUGAGUUUCUGCAGCGUGUUCCUCAUGGCGAGAUCCUGUGGAGUCACCUGGAGCUUCUGCGUAAAUAUGUCCUGGCAAGUCAGGAUCAAACCGGACAGAUAGCGACAGUCACCAUUGAUCAGCCUGUUCAGAUCAUACCAGCUACCAUCCAGCAGACGGCACCCACAACAAUCAAAGUGCUGAACAACAGUGUGAAGCAGAACAAGGUGCAGCGAGCGCCCCGCAUUUCAGGCAGCGAGGACCGGAGUUCUCCAGGAAACAGGACUGGUAAUAAUGGACAAAUCCAGCUUUGGCAGUUUUUGCUGGAGCUGCUAACAGACAAAGACUCCAGGGACUGUAUCUCAUGGGUGGGAGAUGAUGGCGAGUUCAAGCUAAACCAGCCUGAGCUCGUGGCACACAAAUGGGGCCAGCGGAAGAACAAGCCAACCAUGAACUAUGAAAAGCUGAGCCGAGCACUCAGGUAUUACUACGAUGGCGAUAUGAUCUGUAAAGUCCAAGGCAAACGUUUUGUCUACAAGUUUGUGUGCGACCUGAAGACCCUCAUCGGCUACAGCGCAGCGGAGCUCAAUCACCUGGUGACGGAGUGCGAGCAGAAGAAGCUGGCGCGCAUGCAGCUGCACAGCCUGGGCCAGCCAAUGACGACUGUAACUCUGGCCGCUGCCUCCCUGCAGGGCGAUAAGGACAGCAGCUGAGGAGAAGGGGGGCGCACUGCAGGGCAAGUCGGGGUCAGGGUUAGCCGUAUAGAGGGCAGAAGGUGUGAAGGAGAGGCCUCAUUCCUGCACUGCUGAAGCCCAUUCCCAUUUGGAGAGAUGUUAAAGCCACUCGAUGCACUACCAGAGGCAGCAACCAAACCCAGAAUUCUCUCCCUGAUAAUGUUACAUGCGUGUGCUUUCUCUCUACUUCUCUUGGACACCACUCUUCCUCCUCCUCCUCCUUUUUUUGAUGUAGGCAUGUUCUGUAAUGCUGAAAAAAAAGCCUUAAACCAAAAAAAAAAAAAAAGAAAACUCUGCACUCUUCUUAUCCGACUCUGGAAGUCUCCUGAAGUAAGAGUUGUGCUGGACUGGCCUGAUGGGGGCGCCUUGGAGUAACGUCCUUGUGCUCAUGUGUGUUUCUGGUCAGCUGCUGGCCAUGUAGCAAUAUAUAGAACUGUCAAGCUGCUGGCCUCCACUUGUUGGCCCAAAUGUAGGUAGGACAUUUACUAACAUGGACGUCAUCAGUGAAAAGCUGGGGCGCUAGGACAGUUGCUGGUCAGGACGUGGUAGACUAACCUGUGCCGGCUGACCGCUCUCGAGUAGGAUAUUACUACUGCUUGUGACCUGUCCUUGAAGACCAGGAGAUGAAAUAUACUAGUUGACCACAAUUUGGUGCCCAUGACAGAUUGAGCAGUGGUGGAACUCAUUAGCUCUAGUGCCUGACCACCAGUAAUGUUAAAUCAGUAUUGACAGGUUGCUUGGUUCUGGUCUCCCACCUAUGGUCAGAGUGUCCAUUUCUGUACAUGCAACGUUCUGUUAGAAAUUUCCCACAGAUGCCAGCUGCACAUGUUGCUGCUUGGUUGAAGUUUUCAAAUUGUUUAUAUAUAUUAAAAAAAAAAAAAAUCUUUAACCUGGUGGCAGCUGCAGAAGUCUGGAUUGCUGUGACAUGACUUGCUGAGAGAUCUGACAAGCUUGCAGGAAGUCAUGGGACACCAAGUAGCAUUGUUAAUACCAGCAGGGAAGGUCACACACGGGCUCUGUAAUGCUUUUGGACAAGAAAAAAAAAAAGUUCCUUGUCUAUUAGGUGGAGUGAGUGUGCGUGUGUGUGUGUGUGUGUGUGUUAGUGGACAGCAGCUGCUACUCUCCAGGAGCCGCUAAUGAACUCGGACACCAAGUCCUGCCAUGUGUGCAGUGACCCACAACUGCUGGCUUUUCCUUCUUGCUGUGUCCUUCACUUGGGACGGUGCUCUCUCUCUCUCUCUCUCUUUUAGGCCCCUCCCCUUCUGACAGUCUGUCUCUCUUCCUUUUAGGCUCCUCCCCUUCUGACAGUCUGUCUCUCUUCCUUUUAGGCUCCCCCCCUUCUGACAGUCUCUCUCUCUCUCUCUCUCUCUCUUCGUUAUUUUUAUUUUUUUCCACACUUGACAUUUCCUUUGUAUAUAAUUCAGUUUUAAUACUUUUUUUUUUUUUUCUUCUUCAUGUAUUCACAUUAGUUUGCGCUUUUUAUACCGUUAUAAGAAUGUUUGCUUUUGAUUUCCUUGUGUCGAAAUCGGACAUUUAAUCAUGAUAUAAAAAGAUUAUAAUAAAAUAAACAUUUUGCAUUUGCACAUGUUGA